CGUCUCGGGGUCGCUGGGUAACGCUUUUUACACGGGCCUGCUAUUUAUUGGUCAGCGUAUACCUUUUACAAUUCAAAAUGGCUACAACCACAUCGACAUGUUUCGACUGCCACGCUCACAUAUCGUCGCAUGAAUUCGAUAUGGAUUUGGAACAAGUUUUGCUAGAUGCAAAGGAGAGGGGUGUCGCUGCUAUCGUUGGAGUCACUGAAUUCAGGGUAGAUUUCGAAAAGAUUCUCGAUUUAUCAGAAAGGUACCCAGAUGCCAUCGCCCCAUGCCUGGGAAUCCACCCGGUCCAGUCCCUCAACCCUGAGAGGAGUGUCACCCACAGCGACUUGGAGGGCGUGGAGGACAUAAUCAGGCAAAACCAUCACAAGCUUUUUGCUGUGGGCGAGAUUGGCUUGGAUUUUACCCCUCGUUUUAUCAAGUCUGACAAGGAUAAGGGCAUUCAGAAAGAAGUUUUUGUAAGACAGAUAAAGCUAGCACAAGAGUUGGAUUUGCCAGUGAAUGUUCACUCCAGAUCUGCUGGAAGACAUGUAAUACAAAUACUCAAGGAACAAGGAGCUUCAAGAGUUCUCUUGCAUGCAUUUGAUGGUCGUGCUUCAGUGGCCCUCCAGGGUGCACAGGCAGGCUUCUUUUUCUCCAUUCCCCCGUCUAUAGUCCGAUCAGAGCAGAAGCAGAAACUGGUCAAACAUGUUCCACUCUCCAACUUGCUACUAGAGACAGAUUCACCUGCACUAGCAGCUGUGAAACAAACAAGAAAUGAACCCAAAAAUAUUAGCAUAUCAUGCGAAGAGAUUGCCAGGCUAAAGGGUGUGCCGCCAGCAACAGUCUACGAAGAAACAACCAAAAAUGCACUGAAAUUGUUCCCAAAGCUGCAAAGAUUUAUAAAAAAAAUAGAGAUACUUGUUUUGCACAAUACCUGUGUGCUCUGUACCACAGACAAAUUUUAUGUGAUGUUUUAAAAACACAAAAUAAAUGAAUAUUUAAAUAAAAGUAAUACCAAACAGGGA